CUGUCAGAUGAUUUUGGGAGUGGCAGUACGUGUAAAGUAACGUAUCUGGGUGCGUUGUGGAAGCUGUAGGAACUAAAGAUUAAACAGUUAUUUUAUUUAGCUACUUUUGCUUCCAGACAGAAAAUGCCGCUGUUGUGCGGAGGGACUACCGAGGAGAAGGACGCCACUGAUGAAGUGCAGAAAAUCUGUGAUGAGGUGAAGCCUCAUGCGGAGGAAAAAGCUGGAAAAACGUUUGACGUCUUCACUGCUAAAUCCUACAAGUCACAGCUGGUAGCUGGGACAAACUAUUUCAUCAAGGUCCACGUGGGUGGCGAUGACUUUGUUCACCUGCGGGUCUAUAAGAUGCUGCCACACGCUGGAGAAAAACUGGAACUUCAUGGAAUUCAGACAAGCAAAGCCCAUCAUGACCCCAUCGAAUACUUCUAAACAUGCGCUCCAUUAUGAAAGACACCACAGAAAUACACUAACACUCUCAAACAGUAUUCUGUCUUACUUCCUGAACUGACAAGAAAUUCUUCUUCAAUUAAUAAAAUGGCAGUGGUAAAUAUCAUUCGUAAAUGUCAUAUCUUUCUCACAAAUAUUUAGUGUUAAAGGGAACACAAGGAGUCGUAUUUGAUGCUUAUAAAUGUCUGUAUAUCCAUCUUGAAGAACACAAUAAACUUUGAUGCCUUGA